CCCCGGCCCGCACCCCCGCCGCGCAACUCGCGGGCAGUUUUGGGGGGUCUCCGGGCGGCCGCGGUCCCUCUGCCAUUGUGGUCUUCCUUGUUUACCUCGGACUCGGGCUGAGACGUACAAAACAUCAGUCUUGAACUUCACUUCAGGAACCCGGGCUGCAAAGGAAAUCUCCUUUGUUUUUGUUAUUUAUAUGCUAUCAAGUUUUGAAGUGCUCUGGCAGGUGAUCCGUAGACAGUGACUGAGUAUGGAUCAUUUGAACGAGGCAACUCAGGGGAAAGAGCAUUCAGAAAUGUCGAACAAUGUGAGCGAUCCAAAGGGUCCACCAGCCAAGAUUGCCCGCCUGGAGCAGAACGGGAGCCCACUGGGAAGAGGAAGGCUUGGGAGCACGGGUGCAAAGAUGCAGGGCGUGCCUCUGAAACACUCUGGCCAUCUGAUGAAAACCAACCUUAGGAAAGGAACCAUGCUACCAGUUUUCUGCGUGGUGGAGCAUUAUGAGAACGCUAUUGAGUACGAUUGUAAGGAAGAGCAUGCGGAAUUCGUGUUGGUGAGGAAGGACAUGCUUUUCAACCAGCUGAUAGAAAUGGCACUGCUGUCCCUGGGCUAUUCGCACAGCUCUGCUGCCCAGGCCAAAGGGCUCAUCCAGGUUGGGAAGUGGAAUCCAGUUCCUCUGUCAUAUGUGACUGAUGCCCCUGAUGCCACUGUAGCAGAUAUGCUUCAAGAUGUAUAUCACGUGGUCACGUUGAAAAUCCAGUUACACAGUUGCCCCAAACUAGAAGACUUGCCUCCCGAACAAUGGUCGCACACCACAGUAAGGAACGCUCUGAAGGACUUACUGAAAGAUAUGAAUCAGAGUUCACUGGCCAAGGAGUGCCCGCUUUCACAGAGUAUGAUCUCCUCCAUUGUGAACAGCACAUACUAUGCAAAUGUCUCAGCGGCUAAAUGUCAAGAGUUUGGAAGGUGGUACAAACAUUUCAAGAAGACAAAAGAUAUGAUGGUUGAGAUGGACAGUCUGUCUGAACUAUCCCAGCAAGGAACCAACCACGUCAAUUUUGGCCAGCAGCCCGUCCCAGGGAACACAGCCGAGCAGCCUCCGUCCCCUGCGCAGCUCUCCCACGGUAGCCAGCCCUCCGUCCGGACCCCUCUUCCAAACCUGCACCCCGGGCUUGUGUCGACGCCUAUCAGUCCUCAGCUGGUCAACCAGCAGCUAGUGAUGGCCCAGCUGCUGAACCAGCAGUAUGCAGUGAACAGACUCUUAGCCCAGCAGUCCUUAAACCAACAAUACUUGAACCACCCUCCCCCUGUCAGUAGGUCUAUGAAUAAGCCUUUGGAGCAACAGGUAUCGACAAACACAGAGGUGUCUUCCGAAAUCUACCAGUGGGUACGGGAUGAACUGAAACGAGCAGGAAUCUCCCAGGCAGUGUUUGCACGUGUGGCUUUUAACAGAACUCAGGGCUUGCUUUCAGAAAUCCUCCGGAAAGAAGAAGACCCCAAGACUGCUUCCCAGUCCCUGCUGGUAAACCUUCGGGCCAUGCAGAAUUUCCUGCAGUUACCAGAAGCAGAAAGGGACCGGAUAUACCAGGACGAGAGGGAGCGGAGCUUGAACGCAGCCUCGGCCAUGGGCCCUGCCCCGCUGCUGAGCACCCCGCCCAGCCGCCCCCCCCAGGUGAAAACAGCCACUAUAACCACUGAGAGGAAUGGGAAACCGGAGAACAAUACCAUGAGCAUUAAUGCCUCCAUUUAUGAUGAGAUUCAGCAGGAAAUGAAGCGUGCUAAAGUGUCCCAAGCACUGUUUGCAAAGGUGGCAGCGACCAAAAGCCAGGGAUGGCUGUGUGAGCUGUUACGCUGGAAAGAGGACCCUUCUCCAGAAAACAGAACCCUGUGGGAGAACCUGUCCAUGAUCCGAAGGUUCCUCAGUCUCCCUCAGCCCGAGCGUGAUGCCAUUUACGAGCAAGAGAGCAACGCAGUGCAUCACCAUGGCGACAGGCCGCCCCACAUCAUCCACGUUCCAGCAGAACAGAUUCAGAGCCCCUCUCCCAGCACCCUUGGGAAAGGAGAGUCUAGAGGCGCUUUCUUGCCAGGCCUGCUGACCCCCGCACCAUGGCCCAGUGCUGCUCCUCAGCAGCAGCAGCAGCAGCAGCAACAGCAGCAGCAGCAGCAGCAGCCUCCGCCACCGCCGCAGCCUCAGCCGCAGCCCCAGGCAGGCCCCAGGCUACCCCCUCGGCAGCCCACCGUGGCCUCGCCCGCCGAGUCAGAUGAGGAGAGCCGGCAGAAGACCAGGCCACGAACCAAAAUUUCCGUGGAAGCCUUGGGAAUCCUCCAGAGCUUCAUCCAAGACGUGGGCUUAUACCCGGACGAGGAGGCCAUCCAGACUCUGUCCGCGCAGCUGGACCUCCCCAAGUACACCAUCAUCAAGUUCUUCCAGAACCAGAGGUACUAUCUCAAGCACCACGGCAAGCUGAAGGACAACUCCGGCUUGGAGGUGGAUGUAGCCGAAUAUAAAGAGGAGGAGUUGCUCAAGGAUCUGGAGGAGAGCGUCCAGGAUAAGAACGCCAACACCCUUUUUUCCGUAAAACUAGAAGAAGAGCUUGCGGUGGAAGGGGACACGGACAUUAGUGCCGACCUGAAGGACUGAGAGGACUAUUUUCUUUCAACUGUGCUACUGACAUUUACUAACAAAGUGAAAAAGUCCACCUUGUGUUCACUCAGAAAAUCCUUGUUCAUUGCGUGGCCAAUGAAUCUUCAGAAACUUGCACAAACCGGAAAGAUGGAACGGGUAGGACAGACCCUACUGAUGCUCUUACUCUGUUUUACAAACUGCUUGGCAGUCCCAGGUGAAACAUCAAGGAUUGUUUGGUGGUAGAGUUUGUGUUCAAGGGAUGCCCCGAGGUGUGCACCCUCUAAGCAUGAUACCAGAGGUUUUUUUUAUUAUUAUUAUUACUACUCUGGAGCCUCCAACAAGCAUUAUAAUUUCAGUGAUUAUGAUUGCCUUUCCUUUAAUUAUUUCUGUAACACUCCACACUGAUCUUUGGAAACUCGCCCUUAUUUUAAAAAGAAAAAGGAAAAAAAAAGAAGAGUUUGUUACUCGAUGUGUGUUACAAAAGAACUGUAGACUGUGGUUUGCAGUUUAAAGAUGACAUAUACCAACAGAUGCCUUGCGUCACAUGGCACUGCCGUAAUUAAAAUUUGUUUUUAUUUUGGAAAUAAAAGUUCACUGUAAUUUUUUUUCAUUCUCAUUGUUACAUGAUUUUGUUGUUGUUUAAAGAAAAAAGGAAAGAAAAUGUGAAACACAAUUUAGUCCUUGUUAUUUAUUUGUAGACCCUGCAGCGUCAUGUUGUACUUAAUUUUUUGGAAGUUUCCGUUAAAUGUAAUAUUGCUUCUCUUGUUACCCAUACCGAUUUCUUUUCUAUUUAUAAGUGUAUUUUGAUGGGCAGUAAAACAAAGUGUCUUAAAAGUUUUAAAUAGAGAAAAUGUGCUUUACACAAUUGCCUAUAAAAAGUGCUCUAUGUUAUCCAAGCAAUUCAUCCUAUAAGCUCCGCCCUCUCGUUGUUGUAUGCAAUUUUUACUAUCAUGCAAAUAAGCUUAGGUAAAUCAAACUAAUAGAUCACCUUAGAAAAUUAUGCAAUUAAUGUGAAAAUAAUUGAUGUUUGCAAUGUGUCUUCCUUUGGUUUACAAUCAAUUGUAAAGCGACAUCUGUAUAAAAUUUCUGUAUAAAGGUGUAUUUCUUUUUUAUGAGUUUAUGACUAUGAAAACACCGGCUAUUUUGUUACAGCUGGCUGUUUUUAUAAGUGUAUCACAGUUUUCUUUAUGCAGAAAUGUUCUGAUUAGGAGUGGUUAUUGACUGUAACUACACAAUUAAAAUUGUUUGUAUGGUAUGA